AUUCGAAAUUCUGGCUCUCUAAGCGUUUACAUUUCAAUCUACAACAGUGCAAAUGCUUACUUACGUGGCUAUGUAUAAUGGUAAAAGAAGACUAUGCCGGCAUAUCUGUCAUUUAUGCCGGCCACGAGCUGAACGAGAAUAUAAAGGGGACAGCACCGAAUGUUAAUGGAAAUACAAGUCAAAGCUAGGUAGAUAUGAGUUUAUCCUGGUUAUAAUACUUCGAAACUUCAACUUCGAGAAAAACCAGAAGCUCACUUACUGCUCCUGAAAUCUACCGUCUAGAUCAAGUCUUACAAACCAACCCUGUCAACCUGCUUUCAACCCGUACAUAACCACGAUGCCAAAAACCAUAGUAAUCCUCGGCGCCGGCCUCGCCGGCCUCCCGCUAGCGCACUACCUCGUCUCACGGACCGCGCCGCGGGACCCGGACCUGCGCGUCGUCCUCGUGUCGCCGCACGCGCACUUCUACUGGAGCUUAGCCUCAGUACGAUUCGUCCUCCCCGCCUCCGCGCACGCGAUCCCCGAGGACCGGUACCUGUUCCCGAUCGCGGACCAAUUCGCCAACUACCCGAACAGCACUUCGCAGUUCGAGUUCGUAUCCGGCGCCGCGACACAACUGCAUCCGGACCAGAACACGGUUACCGUGGCGCUAAACGACGGCACGCAGAGGGAGCUCGCAUACCACACGCUGGUCGUAGCAACCGGGACCAGCUACGCGGACGGCACGCCGUGGAAGGCGCUGGACUCUACAGAAGAGACGCGCGCCGCGAUCGCGAAGCUGCGGUCUCAAAUCGACGCCGCGUCGUCCAUCGUCGUGGCCGGCGCGGGCGCGACCGGCGUCGAGUUCGCGGGCGAGCUGGGCGCCGCGUACGCCAAGACCGGAAAGAAGAAGAUCACGCUCCUGUCCGCGGACGCCUUGCCCCUGGAGCCGCGGAUAAAGGAGGGCGUGCGCCGGACCGCGAAGGCGGAGCUCGAGAGGCUCGGCGUCGAGUACAUCGGCAACGCGCGCGUAGUCUCUACUUCUGCGCCUAGCAAUUCUGGCGGCGACGGCGGGGAGGAGAUAACGAUUACGGUGAAUAACGACGGCAAGGGAUCAGAGACCACGACCAAGACCCUAACCGCAGAUCUCCUAAUCCCGACUUACGGCGCGAAGCCUAACACCUCAUUCGCGCCCCCGUCUCUGCUCUCGCCUUCCUCCCCGGGGCGUCUGCUCCAGGACACGAAUCUCCGCUCGCCGUCUCAUCCCAACAUCUUUGUCCUCGGCGACGCCGGCGCCCUGCAACCGCCCCAGGCCGUCUACGCGGAGCAGCAGACGCGGCACCUGAUGCAACAAUUCGACUCGUACCUGGCUUCGGGCGCCGUCGAGCCCUACGUCGUCGACUCCAAGGUCACGUACGGUGUGACCAUCGGACCGGACCGGGGCGUCGGACAGGUGGGGUACUUCCAGAUCCCGAGCCUGUUGAUCUGGUGGAUGAAGGGCCGGUACCUGGGUACGGACCGCGCGGGUAAUUGGCCCGCUGUUGGUAGUACUAGCGGCGCUUGGCCGAAGUAAGGUCGGGUGAUGUAUAUAGACCUUUGAUCCAGGAAGGGAGGUAAGGGGAAAGGUGGAGCUGAUAUGAUUGCAGCCAUAUUUAAUUUUAAUAUUCCAUUCCACUAUCGAAGCUACUUAGCAAUGCGACCUUACGCAUUGAUGUGAAUUUUAUCUCCUUCGCCAUCUCUUAGUGUCCAUUCACGAUGCGCUAUAAUUCCUUUGCCGCAAAAAUGUCCCAGGACCACCAAGCGCCGAUAGAGCCUCUGUCUAG